UCUCCUCUCUCUCUCUCUCUCUCCGUGUAUAUAAUGCGCGCAGGCCUUUGCGAGUAGGUGACCUCGUCGUCUUCGGAAUCAUGGCCCUUGAUCUGGAAUCUCUGUCGGACGCGACGUCGGGCGCCGUGGGAUCGCUGCUCAGCACCACCAUCUUGUACCCUCUCGACACCUGCAAGACCAAGUACCAAGCCGAGGUUCAGGCCCACGGUCAACAGAAAUACAGGCAUCUGUCAGAUGUUCUCUGGGAGGCAAUAUCUAACCGCCAGGUGCUCUCACUGUACCAGGGCUUAGGGACCAAAAACCUGCAAUCUUUCGUUGCUCAGUUUGUUUACUUCUAUGGAUACAGCUACUUUAAAAGAUUAUACAUAGAAAGGAGUGGUUAUAAGUCAGUUGGAACAAAAGCUAAUUUGGUUCUGGCUGCUGCAGCUGGUGCUUGCACUGCCAUUCUUACUCAGCCCCUGGAUACAGCCGCUGCGAGGAUGCAAACAAGUGCCUUUGGGAAAUCCAAGGGCCUUUGGCAGACUCUUACUGAGGGUGAUUGGAGCCAUGUGUUUGAUGGUCUGGGGAUCUCCCUUUUGCUGACUUCCAACCCUGCAAUUCAGUACACAGUUUUCGAUCAGCUCAAACAAAGACUCUUGAAAAGUAAACAAAACAAAACAGACAAGGAUUCGUCCCCCGAAUCGCUUUCUGCAUUCUCAGCUUUCGCGUUGGGUGCACUAUCAAAGAGCAUCGCCACUAUUUUGACCUAUCCUGCGAUAAGGUGUAAGGUCAUGAUUCAAGCUGCUGAUUCCGGUGACAACGGAACAGAAAAAGCUCAGAAGAAACCUCGUAAAACACUUAUGGGAGUCGUGUUCGCCAUAUGGAAUAGAGAAGGCUUGCUGGGCUUUUUCAAGGGAUUGCGAGCUCAAAUUUUGAAAACCGUGUUGAGCUCUGCUUUGCUUUUGAUGAUUAAGGAAAAGAUUAGUGCAACCACAUGGGUUCUUAUUCUUGCAUUAAGGAGAUCUCUGCUGCUCACGAGGGGCAGACUAAAAAGUGCUUGAGAGAGAAUAUUUUGGAAUACCCGUGGACCUAUUUAAAAUGAGGUUGUAGGCAGGGAAAGUACAUAGCCAGAUUCAGAAUUGCAGUUGUCGAGACUGUCACAGGUGAUGAUGGAAUCAAUAUUCGUGUGGAGUGGCCUGAUUUUGGACUCCAUACAUGGGCGCAUUAUACAAGCAGACUGUACUUUCAUCUGAGAACUCCGAAAUCUUGAGCAAUAAGAAUAUGCUGAUCCUGAUCUUGCUGCAAAUAAAGCAUAUGCCCUGCCGCAUGUUGGCAUCAUGAUGGUGCGAACUCAGUGGCUGUGAGGGUGUCGCUAUGUAUCGAUGUGGUUUUGGUCUCUUGAAGGGACAAAUUAAGUGCCCCCUGUAGAAGUUAUACUUGAGUUGAUGAUAGUUUUUCUGUUAGCGUGA